AUGACAGAUCUGUCGCGGGUCCUGCCGGAUUUCCCGAUCGGCCGUUACGCCAAUUUACUACCUACUAUCGAGAAGCAUGGUCUGACUACCGCCGACCUACUUACCCUACAGGUUCCUGAUAUCGGCAGACGUACUCAAUUACCAUUGCUUGAUAUUAAGCGCCUAUGCGCUGCCGUGCUAGGAGCUUUACAUGCUGAUCUCGGAGUUUCGGACAAUCAGCAAUGGAGUAGUCAUGAUACGGAAAGCGGGACGGAAGGACUGACGCAUACUGGCACUCAGCUUCUCGUCACUCCCUUUCGUACUAUUAGCACCCUAGACGACGAUCUCGAUCGUGCUCUUGGUGGUGGAGUCCCCGUCGACUAUGUCACCGAAAUUACGGGCGAAAGUGGCGCCGGCAAAACGCAACUUCUUCUGACGUUGCUUCUCGCAUGCCAACUCCCUCCUCCACGUGGUCUCGGGCGCCCAGCUCUUUAUGUCUCUACCGAGGCGCCUCUAUCCACACGGCGUCUAGCGCAACUUCUAGCACAUAAUCCGUAUCUCCGAUCUCUAACCGAGGAUGAAGAUGCGCCCCCAAAGCCAUCUCUCGACAAUAUAGUCGGCACUGUAACCCCAGAUCUCGAAUCCCAGGACCACAUCCUAACCUACCAAGUACCCGUUGAAGUAGCACGGCGCAACGUAGGUCUCCUAGUCCUAGACUCCGUCGCCGCCAACUACCGCGCUGAAUUCGAGCGCGGCGGUCUAGGUUCUAGUGGUAAUAACAAAAACCUCGCCGCACGCAGCCACGAACUCACGCGUCUAGGCCGGCACCUGCACGAGUUAGCACGAAAACACAACCUCGCCGUCGUCGUAGCGAACCAAGUAGCAGAUCGGUUCACAGGUAGUGGAUUAAACGGCACUCUUAAAAGCAGCGCCUCAAUCCCACAACCCUUCUCCCUCCCCCGCGUAUCGCAAGAAAGCCCACUCGCACGACGCAGUAAAACCCUACCUUUACAUAUAACACCAGGUAUCGACCCACCAAGCAGCGACACACCAAACCUGCCCUCCUCCCUACGCUCCAGCAUGCCCGAACCACCCCCCGAAGACCCCCCCGCCCCCCCAGCUCUCCUCCUCGACCACCAACAACGCUGGUUCACGGGCUGGGGUGACGAAUACCCGUACUCCCCUAACCCCAGCAUCAGCGAUCAAAACCUAAAAACACCGAGUCUCGGUCUAGUCUGGUCGACCCAAAUCGCAUCCCGCAUAUCACUCUACAAACGCCCUGUCUACGGUCCAAAAGAAGUCCUCGAAGACCAGGAUGGGGAAAGCACGACUACGUUGCGGAACUGGCGUCGAUGGAUGAAAGUUGUUUUCGCCCCGCAUGUGCCGGGUGGAGGGCCGGGGUUGGGCGGUGCGGUCGAGUUUGAGGUUACUAUGGGAGGACUGAGGGGGGUUGAUCGAAAGGGGAAGGCGAAGAAGAAUAAAGAGAAUAAGAAGGUAGAUGAUGAGGAAUAG